UUGUUAGUGGGCUGAAAUACACUCGGUCCAGAAAUACUUUUUGAACUAGCUUGUAAGCUGUAACCAAACCAGUAAACCAAACGACACGGCAUAGCCGUUGCAACACCCCUCACUCUCCUCCUCCUUCUCCCUUCAAAAACUCCGAUCACAAUUGCAAGUUUUAUCAGCUAACAACCAGGGUUCCUGUCUUCGAAACACCAUGAAUGCUGGUGAUAAUGAGAUGGUAGAAGGCUCCAUUUCUUCUGUUGUUGAUUCGUUGGAGUCUAAUAAGAAUGGAGAUGCACUUUCACCUGAAGAUGUAGCUUGGGCUGAUUCUUGCCUUGUUAAAGAUGAUGAAAUUUCAGAUGGUGACUGGAGUUCUCUGAAAGAUGUCUUGUUAGAAAUUCUUAGUCUGCAGCCAGAAUCACACGAUUCUUCUGAACCUGGAACUGAUGAUUUGCCUAGAGCAGCUGAUGUUCUGAUGCUUCCUUCCGAUGAAGCAGUAAAGUUACAGUCAUCUGUAGUAAUUGACAAUGAGGUUGCUACAAUUAAUAAAGAACUAGAAAUGAAAAGCAAAGGUUUUCCAAUCAAUGAGGAGACUGAUGUUUCAUCAUCACAGCUUUUUCAGGGAGAUUUCUCAGAAACUUCUCUCAAACAUGCCUUUUCACCUAAUUACAAGGAAGAUGAUGACUCAAAAAUGAGUCUGCCAGAUGGUUCAGGACUUGACAUGGCCUUUUCAGCAUAUGAUACGGAGCCAUCAACUGAGGAUAUCUUUAAGGUUUGGGAUUUGGGCAUUCCAGAUGAGGAAGAUGAACUUGUUAAACAGCUGAACAAGGCCCUCUCUGAAAAUCCCGUUCACUCCACACCACCAUCUGAUGAUUCAGGGGUGUUGAAAGAUUUGAAAGAGGAGUCACUUGAUUCUUUGAUUAAUGGCAUUGCAGAACUAUCUUUGGAUCAACACUCUUGAUUCCACUUUCAAAUUUUGUACGUAUUAUAGCUUUGAUUUUGGUGUACGUUUCCGGUUUCUGACAACUGCUUUUAAUUGUGAUGGAAGGAGUAUUUAUUGUCCAUUAGGCAAUUAUGUUCUACAGAGCACAUUCAACCGUAAGAAUCAUGGACAUGGCAACCUUAAUUCGAGGUGAUGUCUCCAAAAUACUGACUUGUACAUUAAAGAUGUUAUAUUUAGUUCUGAUGAUCAUGAUGCACAAGGCAACACUUUUCUUGUUCUUA